AUGGUGCCCUUGUCUACUCUCUCUCUUCUUCCUUGGACAGGUAUUUUAUUUCAAGCUUUGACACCUUAUUUACUGGUAGCAGGUUCUCUCGUACCAUUUUUCGGUGGAGUUGUAUUGGCAUCUUUGACUGAAGUUUCUUUCAACUGGUUAGUUAUAAUCUUCCCAUUUCUGAAAUUUCAAAGUCAAAUGAUUGGGGAAUGCAUCACACUAUCCAUUAGUUCAGUCAAGCUCACAUUAUUGGCAGUUGAGUUAAGUCUUAUAUUUAUAUGCCUGUAA